GGUGGUCCGUCUGGGAUGCUGAAGGAGAGCAGGCCUCCUGAACACCGCUUGGGCAUAAUCAUUGCCCUGCUUGACCCCGUGCCAGUCUAUCAAAAACAGGACCAUUCUCCUCCUUUCCUUUCCACCCACAUACAUGUCUGUGUAUAUCGCUACAUUUCUUUAAAUAUGAUCACAUGCCUGCAGACAGAAUUUUCUCAGUGUAAUGCUAAAGUGAUCUUCAAAAUUCAGAACUUCUCUGCUUACAGCAGUAAAGUGUUCUUUUGUCCCCCUCCAUGUGUGUAUCUUAUGGGCAGUGGAUGGAAGAAAAAAAAAGAGCAAAUGGAACGGGAUGGUUGUACUGAGCAAGAGUCACAACCCUGCGCCUUCAUUGGGAUAGGAAACAGCGACCAAGAAAUGCAGCAGCUGAACUUGGAAGGAAAGAAUUAUUGCACUGCCAAAACGUUAUACAUAUCAGAUUCAGACAAGAGAAAGCACUUCAUGUUAUCAGUAAAAAUGUUCUAUGGCAAUAGUGAUGACAUCGGUGUGUUCCUCAGUAAACGAAUCAAAGUCAUCUCCAAGCCUUCUAAAAAGAAACAGUCACUGAAAAAUGCAGACUUAUGUAUUGCAUCAGGGACAAAAGUGGCACUAUUUAAUAGACUUCGAUCCCAAACAGUUAGCACCAGAUAUUUGCACGUAGAAGGCGGUAAUUUCCAUGCCAGUUCACAACAGUGGGGAGCAUUUUACAUUCACCUCUUGGAUGAUGAUGAAUCAGAAGGAGAAGAAUUCACAGUGAGAGACGGCUACAUUCAUUAUGGGCAGACUGUCAAACUUGUAUGCUCAGUUACUGGCAUGGCACUCCCAAGACUGAUAAUUCGAAAAGUAGAUAAACAAACAGCGUUAUUGGAUGCAGAUGAUCCAGUAUCGCAGCUCCAUAAGUGUGCGUUUUACCUUAAAGACACUGAGAGAAUGUAUUUGUGCCUUUCCCAGGAGAGAAUAAUCCAGUUUCAAGCCACUCCAUGCCCAAAAGAACCAAAUAAAGAAAUGAUUAAUGACGGAGCUUCUUGGACAAUCAUUAGCACAGAUAAAGCAGAGUACACAUUUUAUGAGGGGAUGGGACCGGUCCAUGCUCCAGUGACACCUGUGCCUGUUGUAGAAAGUCUUCAAUUGAAUGGUGGCGGGGAUGUAGCAAUGUUGGAACUUACAGGACAGAACUUCACUCCAAAUUUACGUGUCUGGUUUGGGGAUGUGGAAGCUGAAACCAUGUACAGAUGUGCAGAGAGCAUGCUAUGCGUUGUUCCAGAUAUUUCUGCAUUUCGAGAGGGUUGGAGGUGGGUCCGUCAACCAGUCCAAGUUCCAGUAACUUUGGUCCGUAACGAUGGCAUAAUUUACUCCACCAGCCUUACCUUUACAUACACACCGGAACCAGGGCCACGACCGCACUGCAGUGCUGCUGGAGCAAUCCUCAGAGCCAACUCUAGCCUCAUGGCUUCCAGUGAAACAACUGCAAACAGCGAGGGAAGUUACACGAAUGUCAGCACAAAUCCAACCAACGUCACAUCAUCUACAGCAACUGUAGUUUCCUAACUACCGUUGUUUGUUUGGACUUUAACUGACUUUUAAGUGCUACAUUCAAGAGAACUGAACAAUUUUUGUGGUUUCAUGGGAAAACACCUUUCCAUUUUAGGUGAUAUUAUUUUGAACCUUGUUACCUGCAAGUGCUGAUCUUAAAUAUAGAAGCCACAAUAAAAAAAAUAGAUCCGAAACAUAAGAACUUUAUUGAAAAUCUAUUUUUCAGCUGUUUUUUUUUUAAUGGGCAAGAAAUAAAAAUGUGGCUGGGAUACAUGUUGAGCAAACUAGAAAACAUGAACACAACAUAGUUUUUAUGGACCAAGGAACUUGUAUAAGCUUUAGUAUAAAAGGUACAUUUUCACCAUACCUUUUUUGUAUCACAACAUAUAGUACACUUUUGUUACCAAAUAGUUUAUAUUUUUUUUCCUCUGAGCUUUUGCUCUGAAGUAUAUUCAGGUUCCAAGCCUGACCAUGCUUGUAUAAUCUAAUUACCAUACUCUUCCAGUUUUAAAAAAAUAUAUAUAUUUUUGGUCUGUGGCUGGAACUGUUCCUUUUUUUAAACUGAAGUCUUGUGACUUUUUAUGAACUGAAAUUGUUUUUAUUUCAGCAAGUAGAACCUUGUAAAGGCCAGCAUAUUUUUUUUAAGAUUAUAUGAAGUCUGUGCAAAAGCUUUAAAAAAUGCCUCUGCCUUGCCUGCAAUACAUGCAAUGUAUGUUAACUUUAGUGCUCUGUUUUCAGUCAUUGUUAAUAGUUAUUUCUGUUUUCCUUUUUUAAAAUAUGUAUUUAUAGUGAUAAUUCCUGAGGUUCUAACAUUACGUGAGGUUUUUUUUAGUGGCAUCUGAAGCAGUCAUGUUAAUGAUUGUUCAUGUCACAGGCAUACGUUGGUGUUUUUGAAGGGUUGUUACUGGGUUACUCCCCCUCUCCUUUCACAGUCAUUGCAUCCGAAAAUGUUUCAGGAUCUGUUCAGGUUUUUCUAAUCUUGUACAUAAUUUGUAUUAAGUGUAAGUUAAAUGUUUUAUUUCAAAAAUGGAAUGUUCCCAAUAACUUCAUUUGGCAGCAUGUCUUCUGUCUUGUUGGCAUGUAACUAAAAUAUCACGAGAAGUGUGUACUGCAAAUGGGAUUGGUAGGUGAUGCCCUUCAUCACUGAGAAUCGCAAAAAGCAUGUUUUUCAUCAUACUGUUCGGUAUAUUAGGCCAGACUUCAGUGUAACACUUGUAUCGAGAACGUGCUUUCAUUGUGAAGUGAUCAUACCAUAAUAACUAGAAGUAAAUUUUAUUACUUGGAAAUGGGCAAAUAGAAAAUCGCAAAAGCACUAUGAAGAUGUCAACUCCUCCCAUCCUUGUUUCCUGUGGGUUUCUCUUUCCCUGCCAACAGCUUGUGCAACGUUCAAGUCUUCUCUCCAUCAUAAAUUUAAGGCUCAUUUGCACUUUGA